AGGAUGUUGGGGCGCUGUCGGCUGUUCAAGCGUUACGAUGCAUUGGCAGGGAUCUUAGCUGUUAUGCAUGUGUGAAUUCUGAAAAAGUAUUGUUUCAUUGUGCAAGGAAAACAACGCUAUUCCUCCCAUUCUCAAGUUGGCUAGAGAGUUACUUACGACAGCUUGCUUGCUAGCUAUCAAACUGCCUUUGUUUUUCUUUCUUACAGUAGAGUUAUCCGUCUUUAAAGACACAUGAGUGUGUCUCUGGUCGUGAUCCGUCUGGAGCUAGCAGACCAAUCUCCGUCGCCCUUACAUUUCCAGUACAGCGCAGCAGUUGAGCGUAUGUCAGAGAAGGAGCUUCAUGAAAAGGCUCUGGGCUCUGCUCAGCAGGCACUGAGUGGGAAGACUGAGCUAGAGAGAACUGCUGUGCUAAAUCAACACAUUGGCAGCAGAGCCAUGGGAGACAUGGUCAUCGAAACCUUUUCUACCAACCCAGAAAAGGAUGAAAGUGCGGAGAUGAGGCCAUCAGGAGGUGAGAGUGAUGGGACCCCAGAAACCCAACUGGGCACUACGGGGGGCAGAGAGAUGAGCACAGCUCCUGACUCCCCCUCGAAACAGCUGCCAGACCAAAUCUCCUUCUUCAGUGGCAACCCCUCGGUGGAGAUUGUCCAUGGCAUCAUGCAUCUCUACAAGACCAACAAGAUGACAUCACUGACGGAGGACGUGAGGCGCAGUGCAAUGCUGUGUAUCCUGACAGUCCCUGCUACAAUGACGAGCCAUGAUCUCAUGAGGUUUGUGGCGCCUUUUAAUGAUGUCAUGGAGCACAUGAAGAUCAUCCGGGAUUCCACACCUAACCAGUACAUGGUCCUGAUCAAGUUUAGACAUCAGGUGGAUGCAGAUAGCUUCUACACGGCAUGCAACGGUCGCCAGUUUAACUCCAUUGAGGACGCAGUGUGUCAGCUGGUGUAUGUGGAGAGGGCUGAGGUCAUCAAGUCUGAGCAGGGAGCCAGUCUGCCUGUGAUGGAGAUGACGGAGCUACCUAAGUGUACAGUGUGUCUGGAGAGGAUGGAUGAGUCAGUUAACGGUGUUCUGACCACCCUCUGCAACCACAGCUUCCACAGCCUGUGUCUACAGCGCUGGGAGGAUGCAUCGUGCCCUGUAUGUAGAUACUGCCAGACACCAGAGCCUGUAGAGGAGAACAAGUGCUUUGAAUGUGGGGUUCAGGAGAACCUGUGGAUUUGUCUGAUCUGUGGGCACAUAGGUUGCGGCCGCUACGUCAGUCGCCAUGCUUACAAACACUUUGAGGAGACACAGCAUACUUAUGCCAUGCAGCUGACCAACCACCGUGUCUGGGACUAUGCAGGAGACAACUACGUCCAUCGCUUGGUGGCAUGCAAGACUGAUGGCAAGAUGGUCCAGUAUGAAUGUGAGGGCGACACAUGCCAAGAUGAGAAGAUAGAUGCGCUACAGUUAGAGUACUCCUACCUACUGACCAGUCAGCUGGACUCACAGCGCAUCUACUGGGAGAACAAGAUUGUUCACUUGGAGAAAGACACAGCAGAGGAGAUUAACAACAUGAAGGCCAAGUUCAAGGAAACUUUAGACCGCUGCGAUAACCUGGAGAGGAGACUGGGAGAGUUGUCCAAGGAAAAGCAGAACAUGGAGAAAAAGUGUACCCAGUUCAACAACCGUGUCAUGAAGCUGGGCCAGGAGUUGAAGGAGGAGCAGGAAAUGAACCGCUGUCUAAGGGCAAAUCAGGUCCAGCUCCAGAUCCAGUUGGCAGAGGAGGAACGUAAGGCCCGGGAGACAGGUGAGAGGAAGGAUGCGGCCAUAGCAGAGCUGCAAGAGCAGCUGAGAGAUGUCAUGUUUUACCUGGAGACCCAGCAGCAGAUAGAGCACUUGCCCCCGGAGGCAAGGCACGAGAUCCAGGAGGGGCAGAUCAAUAUCGGCGCCAACCCCACCAACGCCGGAGCAGGACCAUCCUCCGUUGGACAGGGCAGGAGAGGUCGGGCAAAGAGGGGGAAGUAAAGAGAGAAAUUGAAAAUGAGGUUGAGGUAGAAAGGUUGAGGAAGAGACUUCGGAAAAGGACGGCGUGUGCCCCUGUGUGUCUAUCAAAUAGUUCCUGUUUGAGUACAUGUGUGUUCCACAAUGAUGUCUUGUAGACACUGCUUUUGGAUGUAAGGAAAAGAGGUUGAGCAUUAAGGGGAUGGGGGGGGAGCUGAUGUAAUUCACUAAAGGAAUGGGCUUUGUCAGAAUGACAGUCUUCUGGACAUGUCACUUGUGUGUAAGUAAAUAUAUAUUGAGUUAAAGGAUACAAUAUUUUCAAAAUAUAACUAAGCGAUUAACAAACAAAUCUAAUUGAUGUCUUUCCCAUUCAUACUGCCUGUCUUGAGCCAGUCAGAUGUGUUGUCUUUUUGUUUGUUGUUUUUUUAAGUAUUAACCUUAAAAUGUUUAUAUUGGUAUAGAAUAAGGCAUUUGCUCUCUCACACAUCCUAAAAUAAACAGAAAGACUGGA